GCGUCCGACUGUCCCGCAGCUUCAGCAGCGUUCGGCCGGUCUGUAUCUCCACUUCGCCCGCUUGUGCACUCGGUGAAGGUCGUUUGUUGUCGUUACCGGAGAGCGCGCGCGCGGCAACGGCUCAUGGACGCAUCAUGUCGUCGUUUGUGUGUCGGGUUCAGUUUUUAGACGAUACCGAUCCGUUCAACAGCACGAGCUUCCCCGAACCGACCAGACCUCCGGUGUACACAUUCAGAGAGGACAUACCUCUGAUCAACCAGCUCGCGGGGAUCCACAGACUCCUCAAAGCUCCACACAAACUUGAUGACUGUGCUCUUCAGCUCUCUCACACCGGUGUCUAUCUGGAUCCGGAGUUAUCUCUGUCUGAACAGAGAGAUGAACUCGACGGAUUUCAACAGGACGACUGCGGAGGGAGGGGAAAGAAGCACAGCAUUAUCUUGCGCACUCAGUUGAGUGUCCGUGUUCAUGCGUGUAUCGAGAAGUUGUAUAAUUCAAAUGGACGUGACUUAAGGAGAGCGUUGUUUUCUCUCAAGCAGAUAUUCCAGGAUGAUAAGGAUCUGGUUCAUGAGUUUGUGAUGGCAGAAGGUCUCUCGUGUUUGAUUAAAGUGGGUUCUGAAGCGGAUCAGAAUUAUCAGAACUACAUCCUCAGAGCUUUAGGUCAGAUCAUGCUGUAUGUGGAUGGGAUGAAUGGGGUCAUAGGUCACCCAGAGAUCAUCCAGUGGCUUUAUGUUCUCAUUGGCUCAAAGUUUCGUCUGGUGGUGAAAACAGCUUUAAAACUCCUGCUGGUGUUUGUGGAGUAUUCUGAAUCAAACGCAACACUCAACAUACAGGCCAUUAAUAGUGUGGACAACAAGAGAGGCUGUAAGCCGUGGUCAAACGCUAUGGAGAUUUUAGCAGAGAAGGACGGUGUGGACACAGAACUUCUGGUGUAUGUCAUGACCCUCAUCAAUAAGACGCUGGCGGCUCUGCCGGAUCAGGAUUCGUUCUAUGAUAUGGUGGAUGUUCUGGAGGAGCAGGGGAUGGAGUCGGUGUCCCGCAGGUAUCUGGGUCGUAAGGGAACUGAUCUGGAUCUCCUGGAGCAGCUGAACAUAUAUGAGGCGAAUCUGCGUCAUGAGGACGGUGAUGAGGACUGCUUACCUCCGUCCUCCGGUCGCCGUGAGAGACGCCGCUCAAGUGUCGGGGGAGGAGAGAGGCGGGGUUUACAGAGACGCCGCAGUCGCAGACAUUCACUGGGUAGAUCGGGUCACGCCUCCCCACUCAGCCCCGCCUCUCCGCGUCACACAAACUUACAGCCGUGUAACGGACAGGACGUUAAUGAAAGAACGCAUGUGAUGCACGAGUCAAACCUUCUGCCAGUGAUAGAGGAAGAUGAGGAUGAAGCUCUCCUCACAGAGUCUUCUGAUGAUGAUGAUGAUGAUGAAAUGAAUCCUUCAUCAUGUGUCAUCAGUGAGGCUGCUGGUCAAUCACAUCCUCAGCACACAGAACACACGACCCGUGCUGAUGAUGUCACUGAAGAGAACAGGCCGGCUCUGCCCCCAAAUGACUCCGCCCAGCCCUCGCUCCUGGCUACUCUACUCGCACGACGUAAGUCAGCCGUCAGCGUGCCGGCGACCAAUGAGGUGAGCCCUCCUUCACGUGGAUCCGGCCGGCCACUGGACCAUCUGCCGUACCUCCCGCACUCGCCCUUCUUCCUCUUCUCUUAUGAUGUAGAGGAGGAGAAACCGCCGGAGAAGAGCAGCACACACUACUGUAACAUACACACAGUGUCAGUUAUUUACAAUAUUCACCUGUCUGUGUGUGUGUGCAGUCGGGACUAUGUGUUGAACAUGGAGGAGGCCAGACACGCUCGAGAGGAGAGGUUUAAGACUGCGGAGCGGCUCGCUGACGAGGAGUUUGAGAGAGAGCGUGUGCGUUCAGGACCUCACUCUGGCAUCAAUCUCACUCUGAGUCCCUCUGACGGCUGUCAAUCACCCCGCAGUGCCACACCCUCCUCUGAGACAUCACAGGAUGAUCAGGACGCACCCGUUACCUCAUACCCGCCCUCUGAACCAGACGCCAAUGAUCUAGAACCUGAGGAGAAAGAGACGGAGCCCACAGAAGACCCCGAAGAGGAAGAGGAAAGGGAGGAAAUAAGUGCUGAUCAGGAAGUGGGCGGAGCUGAGGAACAGGUGGAGGAGGAAGAGGAGGGGUCUGAACGGGAAGCUCUGGAUGGAGAGGCGGAAGACAGCGGAAUCUUGAGCGAUAAAGAACGUCAGAACGAAGAAGUGAACGAGAAAGACAACUGCUCCGCCUCCAGCAUCUCUUCAGCCAGUAGUACACUAGAAAGAGAAGACGGAGUCAACGCUGACACCGGUCAGUGGUCUCACAGCGUCAAUGACGGGAAUGUGAAUGAAGAACGAAACAAGAUCCUCAACAGUAAACUCUUCAUGUUGGACAUGCUGUACUCACAGAACAAACAGCCGUCGGAGGAAGACGAGGAUGAUGAAGAUUCAGGAGAGAAAGAUCAGACGGAAGAUUCGUGCGUCUCAGCGCUGGAAACACCGGAGGACAAGAGUCAAGGAGAGAAGAAAGCGGAGAAUCAGAGUAACGUGCGAGCGUUCGCCGAGCGCUUUGGAGACCUGGUGAAGGGUCUGACAUCUCCACCGGUGGAGCUAAAGGAAGCCCCCGAGAAACAGCUGCCCCCUCCACCUCCAAAGAAAGAGUCCGACUGCAUCUGGGAUCAGCUGAUGGCGACCCCGCGGGAACUCCGCAUCGGUGACAUCGACUUCACAGAUCUGGGAGACGAGGAGGAUCAAGACGUCCUGGAGACUGGAAGUUUGACGUCUGGAGAUCUACCUCCUCCUCCUCCCUUCCCCUUCAAACUACCACCUCCUCCUCCGAUGUUCGGUUGCCCUCCGCCCCCUCCCAUGUUUAACAUUCGGGUUCCUCCUCCUCCUCCCAGCUUCUCCACCUCGGCCCCGCCUCCUCUUCAGCCUCCUCUGUUCCAGAAGAAGAAGAAAACCAUCAGACUGUUCUGGACUGAAGUCCGGCCCGCUGACUGGACCCACAGAAGAAGUCACGAGUCGCUGUGGUCCAGACUUGAACCUGUUCAACUCGACACUUCUAAACUUGAGACGCUCUUCGAGAGCAAAUCCAAAGAGAUGCCCGUAACCAAGAAAACCGCAGCGGAUGGAAAGCGACAGGAGAUCAUCGUCCUGGAUUCUAAACGCAGUAACUCCAUUAACAUCGGCCUGACGGUCCUCCCGCCCCCCCGCACCAUCAAAACCGCCAUACUCAACUUUGAUGAGUACGCUCUUAACAAAGAGGGAAUCGAUAAAAUCCUGACGAUGAUUCCCACAGAGGAGGAGAAACAGAAGAUUCAGGAGGCUCAGGUGAUGAAUCCUGAUGUUCCUCUGGGCAGCGCUGAGCAGUUUCUCCUCACGCUGUCGUCCAUCAGUGAACUCUCGGCCCGUCUGCACCUCUGGGCCUUUAAACUCGACUACGAGGCCACUGAGAAGGAAGUUGCUGAGCCCCUACAGGACCUGAAGGAGGGCAUGGAUCAGCUGGAGAAGAAUAAAACGCUGCGAUACAUUGUGUCCACGCUGCUCGCUAUCGGCAACUUUCUGAACGGCUCAAACGCUAAAGGAUUUGACCUGAACUAUCUGGAGAAAGUUCCAGAAGUGAAGGACACCGUACACAAACAGUCUCUCCUGCACCACGUCUGCGGUGUCGUGGUGGAGAACUUUCCAGAGAGCGGUGACCUUUACUCCGAGAUCGGAGCGCUGACACGCUCGGCCAAAGUGGAUUUCGAUCAGCUGCAGGAGAACUUGAGUCAGAUGGAAUGGCGCUGCAAAGCAUCGUGGGAUCAUCUGAAAGUGAUCGCGAAGCACGAGAUGAAACCCGCGCUGAAGCAGAAGAUGUCUGACUUUCUGAAGGACUGCGCUGAGAAGAUCAUCAUCCUGAAAACCGUCCACAGACGAAUCAUGAACAGGUUUCACUCAUUUCUGCUGUUCCUGGGUCAGCCGGCGUACAGUGUUCGUGACAUCGGCGUGAAUCGCUUCAGCAGGAUCAUCAGUGAGUUUGCUCUGGAGUACAGGACCACACGCGAACGAGUUCUUCAACACAAACAGAAACGAGCCAAUCACAGAGAGAGAAACAAGACACGCGGCAAAAUGAUCACAGACAUCAACACACAGACUGAUGAUGAAGAUGACGGUGAGGUAGUACAGGCGGGUCGGUCAGGUGGAGGCAGCAGUGUUUCAUCCACAGCGGUGCAGGAGGUGGAGCCGCAGGGUUUGGGUCAUGCUAAAGAUACAGCAGAACAUGAACAGAUGAAGGCGGUUCUGAAGAGCAGUCUACAGGCCAAUGACAGCGACACCUCGGUUCUGCCAGGAUUACGAAUCCGUACACGCACUCGAGCCAGCAGAGGCCACACCGCUUGGGCAGCCGCAAGUGAAGAAUCACAGACUGUUACAGACGACACUGCCGAUGACAUCAUGGAGAGAAUUGUACGCUCGGCCACUCAGAGUCCACGAGAAAGAGCUCAACCCCGCGAACGACGACGCUCACGUGCAAACCGAAAGUCACUGAGGAGGACAUUGAAGGGCGGUCUGACCCCAGAAGAAGCUCAAGCGCUGGGAUUGGACACAUCAGAGAUGUCGGUGUGAUCACACUGAUGCCUUCAACACAAUCUCAGGAGGAUUUCUAGUGAACAAACACCUGCAAAUUCUUCCAAUUAAUCAGAUUUAUUUCCAAAACAAAGCUUCCUGAAUUAUAUGCUUGAUAUUCUAUGCCACACCCAUCACGUCACAACCAGCAAUUCCAAUCACGAGCCUUCUAGCAGCUCUCAGAAACCAAAUGUUUUACACAUUGGAGACUGUAAUAAAAUCUAAAUGAACAAGAAUAUGUAUUAUUUUUAACCCAAACUGAACAUUAACUCAGGGUUUCUUACUUUUGAUUUGAGUUAUUUCCAUUUGAAAUUCAUCUCAGAGUCACAAACUGCAGAUUAUCUUCGUUUAUAUCAUCAAACUGUGAGAUCCCACUCAGAUUUAUUUAUUUUCACACGUGCAUAGGAAGUGUACAAGUUUAUAGGAAAGAGACAUAAACAAUAACAUAAUUAUUUUAAAUGCCACAGAUUUGUGAGCUGCUUUGCUGUCCUGUAACACACAGACGUACACAAACACAGUUUCAGUUUUACACUCUUUUAAAACAUUUUCAAGUACGUGAUUCUCUUCUUUUAUACAACAGCCAGUUUUUGGACUUUAAUUAGAAUACUGAAAAUAUGAUUGACAUUGAAAAAGAAAAUCACACACAGUUCUUGUUUUUUUUGAAGAGAUACUGGUUGAAGUUCAUGUUCAGUAUAAAUACAGAAUGACAGAACACUUCUGGAUUAUAACACACACACACAAUUAUGUGUUCUUAUGUUUCUGCUUGUUAUUCUUCACAAGUUCUGCCUCUAAAACACCAGCUGUAAUUCACUUGAUGCUGUUUCAAAAAGUUCCUUAAACCGUCAUUAUUAUUAUUAUAUGAAAUAUUUAUAUGGAAUCAGAUUUAUAUGGAAUCUCCAUCAGAUGCAUUCUCCAAAAGUUAUUCAAAAUGUACAAAAUGCAAUAUUUUUGACACUGUAUAAAUUAUGUUUCUGCCCUUUUGUGGUGACAGUUUUCUUUUGUAAUUGCUGUAGAUUUGUGUCUAAUAGUUUUUCUCUACACGUUAAUUUAAGAAAUACAAACACAGAGUUUAGAAGAUGUGCACAAAACACAACACUAGUUCUUAAAAGUUUCUUUACAAACAUUGUUUGCUUCGUUUCAUUUGCACGUUGUUUUCAGAAGACGCCUUACAGGAAAACAUCUUGUACGAUUCACACAGCUUCUGUUCUUCGACACAAACUCAGACCCUUUUCUCUUUCAUUCACACACAUUCUGCAAUAAAAUCCUUUGUGAA